GAGUAGUACCAAUACCUUCACCUCAGCGCCAGGACUUGCCCAUCCAAGCUAAUUCACUUCUUGACGAGCUCCAAUGGCAUCCAAACGGCCGCUUCGCUCGCUCCUAUCGACCGCAUCAUCAUCCCUCCGCCCGGCGCAGUCGUCAAAAGCCUCCCUCGUGCGGACCUCCGCAUGCGCAUUCUCGACCACGCCAUCAUCACGAGGACCUGAAUAUGAUACCGAGGCUGCAGAUAGGCCAAGAUGGCAACAGACACCGCCACGCAUGAUGGCCCCCUUUCGGAUACGGCCGCAAGCAAACGGCGGCGUCUUCAAGGUCAAUGAAGACCCUAAGAGAUUAGAUGAUGCCUAUGUACGAAUGCUGGGACCUGGAGGCGACAAAGUGCUCGGCGACGAGGUCAAGUGGUUAGCGGUGACGCACAAGAGCUUCGAUCAUGGAAGGAGGGGUUUCAAUGACCGUUUGGCAUAUAUGGGGCGGCGGAUAGUGGAACUACAAACAUCACAAGCGCUUAUUAGUUCCCCGCAAGAAAACCAGUGGCCAAGAGACGAGAGGGGUCAACCGCUGAAUGACGAUUUUGGCCGCAAGCCGUACCUACAUCCUGCCCUAAACGGCUUGCAGGGCUUGACGGACGAAGCAGAGGGCAUGGUGCUGAACAAGUCACGGUUAUCACAAAUAGCGGAGCGAUACGGACUAGACAAGGUCACCCGGUGGAAACCGAAGCGGGCGGAUAACCUCCAGGGUUCUGGUGUAGAAACCGUCCUCAUGACCUCGUUAUACGCCAUAGUUGGCGCUAUCGCUCUUGAACGCGGCGGUGAAGUGGCGAACAAAGUCGUCCAGGACAAGAUCCUCGCUCCGCUAGGCUUCACCUUUUCCUCCGACUCAUAGCCACAUAAUCUUUAAGCCAUGGCGGAUUAGUCUUCGUGUACAAAAGAGCAUCCAACACUUGUAAUAUACAUGUAGCAAAGGCAAGACGAGAUAUCCUACAAUAUCCGUUCCCCGCAGAAACCAAUUCACGGCACCGAAGUGUUCCAAGUGCGAUGAUUGUAUAAAUGCUAAACAGGAAUGAAACUAGUGCCUCAAAAAUGCGCGUUACUUCAUAGCAUAGAAACCCAAAGAUUUCAGCACAUUCUCAC